CGCAUUCAUCUCCACAAUGACAGGAGGACUAUCUCUCUCGCAUCACACGCUGGAAUGACUGGGUGAAACGAAAUGGGGAGGAUGAGUCUCGACUCCUCACACUAAAGGUUCCAAUCCUAGAUGUGAUUACAAGGUGGAAUAGCACAUACUUCAUGUUGGAGCGUGCUGAUGAAUAUCACAUGAUAUUCGAUGAUAUCUGCUUGAAUGUCCCAAUAUAUACAAGAUUCUCCAUAGAGCCUGCCGAAUGGGAAGCGGCACAAGUAAUUCUUGAUAUGCUCAAGGCUUUCCGUGAUGCAUCAGUGAUGAUGUCUGGCUCCCACUAUCCAACCCUCAGUCUCUCACUCUACAAUUUCCUUGCCCUCCUUGCUGUACUCGACACUGCACACAAAAGCGCUAUCGUCAAAAACUUUCCUAAUGUUAAAGCCGGGAUUGAUGCAGCAAAAGGAAAACUCAUCAAAUUCUUUGAUAAGUCCACAGCAGAGUCGGAGUAUUAUUAUUUUGCAGCAGUUCUUGACCCACGGUUCAAAGACCGCAUGUUCUCAGCCAAGACCACAUCGACAACAAAGAUGGACUCAACACUGGCAAAUCAAAAGUCUCGGGGGCUAAAAUUCAACCUUUCAAUCUUAGGCAUAUCUGCAAGUCAUGAAUCCAAGGAUGUGGAAAGUGCGGAGCUGGAAUUGAAGCGUUACCUGGCUGUUCCUGUUGCUGAUGUGGGGAUUGACCCACUCAUGUGGUGGCAUACCAACCAAAAUCUAUAUCCCCGCUGUGCACUAAUGGCCCGAAAAAUCUUGGCAAUACUGUCAGGGGACGCGUGUGCUCGCGCAAGAUGCUCCGAUAACCUAGUUGUGAUUAAAGCCGGGGGAAAGGGAUGUCCCCAUCUUAGGGUCAGCUAUAUACAUGUAGAGUCCGGCAAUAAGGAAACCAAAUGGAUUGCCGAUAGAAUCACGUGAUCAUAGAAUGUUCCAGAACAAUGCCGGAGAUGAUCCGGGUCACCGGGGCUUAGGUAAGCAGAGUAGACGGGAAUUACCGGCAUACUUCCCACGCGCAU